CCGUGUUGAACGUCUUGGCAUUUUGUGGGGUUGUGUGGAUUUCGUUGUCGGGAUGGAUUUUAGUGGGCUGUGGGUUCAUGGAAUUGCACAUGUUGUUUGUGCUGGAGCGAGAAAAUUGUGCACGGAUUUCGUGUUCUGGGAAAUUGUGUCAAAGAAUGGGAGAAACCAUGCGCCGCGCUUACGAAUCUGCUGCUGUAAUGGGUUCAUUACCCACAGCACCAGAGUCGGAUGUGACGACAUUUGUGGGUUCUGAUCUCUGUUGUGUUUAUAUACUUGUCGCGUGGCGAGUUUCGUAAUGAAGAUGGGUGGAAGAACGAUGUGUUUUGGGCAGAUUUCGCAAUUUUAGAGAUGUUUUUGCUUAGUCCUUUUGAAUGCCGACCCUUGCUGUGAUAGCUUUGUCGCAUUUUUUACAUUACUCGCCCACAAUAGAGUUGUAGGUGAAAUUUUCUGUGAUUUUUUUUGCAAUUGUUGACUUCUGUUGCAGUGUUGUUUUUUCUUUUUCUUUUCGCUGCUCUCUGCCUGCGGCCAGAAAUGUGAUCAGCCAGUCAGCACGGAUUGAGUGUUACGAACUUGAGUUGAUUUUAGGUUGUAAGACUCAGCAUGGUGGCUGAGGCUUGGGGUGGUAGGUGGAUUGUGGGGUGCUGGAAGGAUAUUGAGCUGCCGGGAAUCGGCGAGAGCGCGAACAAGGGGCAGUAUGGCACCUCCGAUGGAGCCCGACUUGGGCUUAUCCUCAGCUGGCCGUGUGCUGAGCAUUCAAUCUCACACCGUACAUGGCUAUGUUGGAAAUAAGGCUGCAGUAUUACCGUUGCAACUUCUAGGAUUUGACGUGGAUCCUGUCAACUCUGUUCAAUUUUCCAACCACACAGGUUAUGCAACGGUGAAGGGGGACGUGCUCGAUGGUGAGCAAUUGUGGGCUCUCAUUGAAGGCCUUCAAGCGAAUGAUCUGCUGCAUUAUACUCACCUUCUUACAGGGUACAUAGGAUCGGUCUCUUUUCUGGAAACUAUAUUGCGUGUGGUGGAGAAGCUCCGAACAGUCAACCCAAAUCUUAUUUAUGUAUGUGAUCCUGUCAUGGGCGACGAUGGCGAGUUUUAUGUUAACCCCGAAUUGGUCCCCGUAUAUCGAGAAAAGUUUCAGUGGCAACAAUGCUUACACCAAAUCAUUUUGAAGCGGAACAACUCACUGGUCGUCGGAGAUGCUGAAGGCAAAAUUGGCAGUAUUGAAACAGAGGCAGAGGCAUUAGCAGCUUGCAUUGAUCUCCAUGCUGCAGGUCCUUCAAAGGUGGUAAUCACAAGCUUAUCAAUAGAUAACAUGCUGACCAUUGUAGGCAGCCAUGUUCAAAGCAGAGGGAAGUCACCUGAACAAUUCAAAAUAGCUGUGCCAAAGCUACAUUCAUAUUUCACUGGCACUGGGGAUUUAAUGACUGCACUUCUACUGGGGUGGAGUCAUAAAUUUCCUGACGACCUUGAUAAAGCAGCAGAGCUUGCUGUUUCUAGCCUUCAGGCUGUGCUGAACAACACAAUUGCAAACCGCAGUAAGACAGGGGCAUCACCAGAACCAAAACCCGAACAACUUGAGCUUCGCCUCGUUCAAAGUGUCGACGAUAUACGGUCACCAGCAGCGAGAUUCCCCGCAGUAAAAUUGUGACUGCAACAGGUUCGCUCGUUAUUUACGUUGUUUAUGAUUCAUGUCACAUUGCUACGCAUUAUUUGGGGUAGUUUAUAUCGGUUCUACAUCCAACUACUAUCUGGUUAACGAACCAUUUUAUGGUGCUAAUUAGCGAUACACCGUCUAGGUUAGGUUGCAAGUUGCCAGGCCUUGCCUAGUGUGGCUUCAGGAAACAGGAAUCAAGUAGAUUAUCAUUGUUGUAAGUUAUCCGGACUAAACAUCUAAAACCCUUAUAUUUUGUUGGGAUUCUAUUUUGAUCUAGAAGCUGAAGUUUGAUCUCCGAGUGAUAUAAAGUUGUUGAUGUUGCCACCGAUGGGCUUUUGGAUAA